ACGUGUGUCUUCCGGGCAGCUUUAGCGAGACCGGCCUUGUGACGUGCCGGCCUUGUCCGGAGGGAGCCUACCAGCCAGCCCAUGGUGCUACUGAGUGCCUGCUGUGCGAAGAUGGCUUGACCACUAACAGCUCUGGAUCAGCAAAUGCCUCAGAGUGCUUUCCGUGGGACGCUUGUUUCGCCAACAGAAUCACGUGUAACAAUGGAGGACACUGUGCAGCGCAGAACAACGCCAUUUCCUGUCUGUGUGCUCCAGGUUUCUCUGGCCAGCACUGCGAAAUCAACAUGCCAGACUGUUUACCCUUUUCAUGCCAAAACAAC